GUGUCUUAAUUUGCGUUAUCUUUGGCAAACUCGACCAUUCCAGGCUUCAUGGCGGCAACACCAGAGUUCGAUCCUGCGCUUGCGCUUCUUCACAAGUUCCCCGAUACCACAUACUCUUAUACCGAAAGAGAUGCUGCACUUUAUGCCUUAAGCAUAGGGGCAUGUGCAUCGGAUGCUGCGGAUGCCGAUGAGCUUAAAUAUGUUUACCAUGAAAAUGGUCAGAAGUUUAUCAAGGUGUUGCCUACGUUUGCUUCUCUACUUCCACUUUUAUCUAUGCCAAAUGGUUUUAAUCUCCCGGGCUUGCAAUAUGAUCCACGCCUUCUGCUGCAUGGGCAGCAAUACAUAGAGUUGUACAAACCUUUUCCUUCCAGCUGUCAUAUUCACAAUAAAGUCAGUCUUGCAGGAUUACAUGAUAAAGGUAAAGCAGCAAUUUUAGAGUUUGAAACAAAGAGUUAUGACAAAGAAUCUGGUGAUCUAUUAUGCAUGAACAGGACGACCGUGUAUCUACGUGGUGCUGGUGGCUUCUCAAAGUCAUCUCAUCCAUUUUCUUACUCAAACUAUCCUUUGAACCGGAUUUCAGCUGUGAAAAUUCCUGAAAGUAAACCUUUUUCAGUGUUUGAGGAUCAUACCCAACCAUCUCAGGCAUUGCUCUAUAGGCUAUCAGGUGACUACAAUCCUCUGCAUUCAGAUCCCAUGGUUGCAAAGAUUGCUGGAUUUUCACAGCCAAUAUUGCACGGGCUGUGCACGUUUGGAUUUGCCGUUAGGGCAAUCAUCAAAUGCAUAUGCAGAGGAGAUCCAGACAUAAUAAAGAGCAUAGCAGGCCGUUUUCUUCUACAUGUCUACCCUGGUGAAACUCUAGUGACUGAGAUGUGGCUUGAAGGCUCGAGGGUUAUAUAUAGGACUAAGGUGAAGGAGCGAAAACAGGCAGUCCUUACUGGCCACGUUGAUCUGCGUGGUUUGACUUCGUCACUGUGAAGGAGCUCAAUUGCAUCUAGCGCUCGAUAAUAUUUGCGAAGGGUUUGCUAUUAAGUAUUAAGUUAAUUAUGUAUUCAAUAUGGCUUAAAUGCACUGGCUGUAAUCAAAUGUUUGAUAAAUAUUUAAAGUUUAAAAAAU